AUGGGCGUCACCAACAAGAAGACCCUGACCAAGACGCGGAGGAAGACAAGGGAUGUUGAUCAAAUAAAGUCCGACAUGCGAUCAGCGAGGCACCUGCAGAUAUUCAAGAACACCAAGGCAAAGGAAGAUCUUCCCGGGUUGGGACAGCAUUACUGCAUCGAAUGUGCUAAGUGGUUUGAGACUGAGGUCAGCCUCGUCGGCCACCGCAGAGGCAAGCCUCACAAGCGCAGAGUUAAGCAGCUGAAGGAGGAACCUUACACCCAAAAGGACGCCGAGGCUGCUAUUGGUCUCCGAACGGACAACAAGGGCGCCAAUAACGACGGCCCCGAGAAGGCCCUCGACCAGGAAAUUGAGAUGGAGACUUGA